AUGGAAAACACGUCCUUGAACAGUCUCAGUCUCCAGUUGAGCCUUGACCCUUUUUACAUCCCACCAGGGGCCAAGUACCCCAUAUUUUUUCUUGGUCUCAUCAUCUACUUCUUUAGUGUAUUUUGCAACCUGACUCUGCUGGCUCUGAUCAGUGUGCAGAAGAACCUCCACAAACCCAUGUAUUUCAUCCUUUUCAGCCUUCCUCUGAAUGACGUGAUAGGUAUCACUGCAAUGCUACCCAAGGUACUAUCAGACGUCGUGAUGGAGACAAACCAAGUGUACUAUCCUCUCUGUGUGCUGCAGGGCUUCCUGCUCCACAUGUACGGAGGUGGGGUUCUCUUCAUCCUGGCAGCCAUGGCCUUCGAUCGCUACGUGGCCAUCUGCCUGCCUUUGCAGUACAACUCUGUCAUGUCUCCCAGAAUGGUGGGGUUUAUUAUAUGUCUGGUUUGGGGCCUUGACUUUGCCUUGAUUGUAUCUCUGUUCUCAUUACAGACUAAGCUUCCUCUUUGCAGGUCCUCUCUCGUGAAUGUGUUCUGUGAUAACCCAUCUCUUCUUAAACUCACUUGUGACAACACAACAAUCAAUAACAUCAUAGGUCUGUUCAACACGGCCGUUAUGCAGAUCAUCAGUGUGUCUGUCCAGGUCUUUUCUUAUGUGAAGAUAUUAAUAGCUUGCUUGGCUACGAGGAAGUCAGAUGCAAAGAGUAAGGCAGUGAACACUUGUGUGGCACAACUAGUCAUAUUCAUCAUAUUUGAGAUUGUGGGGACCUUCACUAUUCUAUCACACAGAUUCCAGAACAUCUCUUCCGACCUUCAGAAGAUUAUGGGCAUGUUGAUAUUCCUUGUACCUCCGCUUCUGAAUCCAAUUGUAUAUGGAUUAAAUACGAGUGAAAUACGAAAUAGUUUCCUUAAAGUAUUUCAAACUAAAGUGUCAGUAAAGUUCUAG